AGAGAUUUUAAUGAACGCUGUGCUCAGUGUUCAGAAGUUAACUGGGGUCUCACUGAUGGAGGCAGAUUUUAUUGCAGAUCUUGUCACAAUGUUACUGAGAGAACUAGAGAAGUUGUAAACACUGAUUUUGUUUCUAAUACAAGAAUACAGACAAUCUCCAAACGUUUAAGAAAGCAGGAACAAAAUGAUGGAAGCUGUGAAUGGUAUGUUUGUGAAGGCUUUCAGCUUGUACUCAAGAAACAAGCUGAAGCUUUAGAAGCAUUAGGAGUAUGUCCACAAAUGAAGGAUGAAGUUCUGUGCAAUUUUUGGAGGUGUUACCUUCAGAAGAGCAAACAGGCAUAUUGUAAGAGACCAGCUGGGGAAAUUGUUAAAACAUUAUCAGCUUGUGAUAGCAGCACUGAUGGGGACAGUGAACCAGAGAGACCCAGCCUUCUCCACUUGUUGUCUGGCUCUGAAAGCGAGGGGGAUCUACAGACUGAUUGCAGCUUUGCCUCAUCAACUAGCAGGGUCUCAGGAAGUACUUCUGUGUGCUCUGGGUCAGUAGAUGGUAGUGUGUACUUCAUGAAGAACAAAAAGGAUAAACUGAGGAUGACGAUGCCAAUGACCCUCUCAUUUUGUUACAUGGCAUUACUCUGGUUGAGAGAACCCAUGACGUUAUCUGACCUCUUAAGGUUUGUUGUUGAAGGCCAUAUUCCGUAUCUGAAUGUUUUUCAGCAUUUUCCAGAGAAGAUGAAAUUAUGUGGACUUGAUCUUAAGAUCUUUUGUGUAGAGUCAUGGCCUGCAUACGAAGAAGUGUACAACAAAAUGCUUGAGCUUGCAGCCUUUUUAGACCUGCCUCGUUUCCCAGAUAUAACAGACAGCUGCUUUCUUCAUCCAGACAUGUUAUGCAUGAAGUACUUGAUGGAAGCUAAUUUACCUGAUGAGUUGCAUAAUUGGACUUGUCGAGUGGUGAAAAAGAUCUGCAUUGGAGAAGCAGAUUUCCUGACUCUUGUGCCUGGGAAUAAGUCGACAAGAAAAGUGAAAUAUGAUGUUCUUGCUGCAGCAGUUAUUGUAGUUGUGCUCAAAUUACUGUUUUUAUUAGAUGAUCACUAUGAAUGGUUCCUUUCAGACUUUGCCAAAGAAAGAAAUAAAAAUAACAAAGAAGGUGGUCCAUAUUUUGAGUUCAAAAAGUGGUACAAGGUGAUAAAAUGUUCCUUGGAUGUGGAGCAAAAGAAAUUGGAUGAAGACAGAGCCAAGUAUCUGUGGAGAUGUGAAAAACCACUGUUUUAUUCAGCCAAAAAGAAAUCUAAAGUUCUUAAGAGAAGACAAAUGGUUGUGAACUUACAAAAUCAGUUUGGCAAGCUGUCUGGUUCAGUGCGACCUGCUGAGAAGCCAAAUCCUUCAAGUUUUCAGUUAAGUUGGUCUGAAGCAAACACAGAUGGGAGUUGUUUUCACGGACAUAGCCUGAAGGGAAUUUUGCAAGAAAAAUGUGGUUUGCUUACAGCCAUGAACCCUGAGUAUUGGCUGUGCACAGAUAAACUAUGUAAUGAGAGAUUGUGUCGUCAUCUGGCUCAUUACAGAGAGGCAGACUUUCCCCAGAGUUACCACUUUGUACUAGGGUUAUUCUCCUUUCUUCUGAGGAUAGAGCCCUCUUACAUCCAUGACGAGGUGUGUGUGAUAGAACAUAAACUUUUUAACAAAAAAAUCUUUAAAAAGCCGAAGUACGACACAAGCCUAAGGAAGUUAAAAAGGCCUAAAAAUAACAGUAUUAAAACUGUGUAA